AUGAAGCUUAUCAGUUUGUUGAGAAUCUUCACUCUCGGAACGGUAUCAGCGGUGACCGCCGCAGAGAGGAAACCGCUCUCUUACAUAUCCAAACCGGCGGGUACCUACGUGCCCCCAAAGACCUCCGACACGACAACGCUCCUAGACUUUGUCAAAUCUAGGAGCGACCUGACAACGCUCGCCGAGGUUCUCGACGGAUCCGCGGGCUUCACGGAAGCGUUCGACACCGUCCCCACCUGGAACUUCACCUUCUUCGCGCCCUCGAACGCCGCCUAUGAGAAAAACACGGGACAGUACUUCAACACCUUUUUGCCGACGCCAAAGGGUAAGUGGUGGCUCGGCAAUCUGGUGCAGCACCACUACGUGCCCAAUUCGCAGCUUCUCACGAGUGUCUUCAACGAGACUGCGACCAGGAUCCAGACGGGGUCGUACUUGUACGUUGGCAUGCAGGUCAAGGAUGGACAGGUGUGGUUGAACGAUGUUGCGGCGGUGACGGACGGAGAUUUGAGGGUUACCAAUGGCGUCGUUCAUAUCAUCAAUCGUGUUCUUGAUCCAUCGGCGCAACUCUUUGAAGCAGAUAAGCCCAAGGUCGACCAGAAGUUCAUUGCUGGGAGCUGCUCUGACACGUCUCUGCCAUACUGUUAG